AUGUCAAAACAAGAAGGAUAUAAAAUCGAUGUUGCUAAUAUACCCUUUGAAUUCAGUAUUAAGUAUAAAGAGUUUGGCUACGUAGAAGAAAACCUUUCGAGAGACUUUGCAAUUAGUCCAGAAGGAGACUUUUUAGUUAAAUUUACGACCAAAAAUGAUAAUUCUG